AUGUUUUCAGGCAAGGGAUGGAAUGAAAAUGAAGUCCAAGAACUUAUCCAACAAUCAAAAGAACAAAAAGAAAAAGAAGAUGGGAAACUUUUGAAUUGCAAAGUUUUGCUUCAUAAAAAAUUAUUCAUGCAUUCGAGUUUGCAAGUUGAAAAGUCUCCAAAUCUUUGGAAUUUGCAGUCUGCACCUGAUCAUCAUCAUCUCUUACCUACCGCACAUCGUCACUUCUUAACUGCUUUCCGUGACCAUUUUAAAGCAGAAAAUUAG